CUAAAAUAGUGCCAUUUAUUUCUGUGGGCUCAAACUAUUUUGGUGUGAUUUGUUUUGACAAAAUGUUGAAUCACAAAUACUUCUCUUUGCUUUCACUAUCCACACAUUUCUGUACUCUAUCUUGUCUUCAUCCUCCGGAGUCUUCUGUAUUCUGUAAUGUUCAAAUGUAGGAUCUUUUUAUUUAGUUAGGAAACAAGAAAUGAGGGGGUUAUUUGUAAUUCCAUCGAAGAUUGGAAUCUACCUUAGAAAGAAAUUGAAGUGACCUAUAGCUAGAGUUGAGUUAAGGAAUUAGGUUUGUUAGCUGUAAGUGUGUUACUUGAGCUGCAUUUUGGAAAAUCUCCAGAUUGAUAUUUGAUAGAAUAUGCCAUGUGGGCUUCUUGAAUCACUAGGCCACUAUGUCUUCCUUUUUGUCCUUUUCUUUUCUUGAAGGUAUAAAUAGGAAAUUUUCUUUGCAGAAAUUAAGAUUCUGUGGGAAUCCCAUUCACCUUUGACAAAGCAGUCUUCUUCUCAAGCUGAACCAGUUGUCAAGAAUAGGAUUUUGGAAAAGAUAUGGAUCUUGACCAUGCCAAGUGCUGGGACACAACAAAGAAAAAUGGAUGGAAAUCUACCCUGCUUUUAGCAUAUCAAAGUCUUGGUGUAGUUUAUGGGGAUCUCAGUAUUUCCCCACUUUAUGUCUUCAAGAGCACAUUUGCAGAAGACAUCAAGCACUCCGAUACUAAUGAAGAAAUAUUUGGUGUCAUGUCUUUUGUUUUCUGGACUUUAACUCUUCUCCCUCUAUUCAAGUACGUCUUUAUAGUACUUCGAGCCGAUGACAACGGAGAAGGUGGUACCUUUGCUCUGUAUUCCCUGAUAUGUAGGCAUGCAAAAGUCAGUGUUCUUCCAAACAGACAAGUUUCUGAUGAAGCACUUUCUACAUAUAAGUGUGAACAGCCUCCCGAGAUGAAUGAUAAAUCAAGGGUGAAAAUGGUGCUUGAGAAGUACAAGUUUCUGCACACAGGGUUACUCAUCUUGGUGCUCAUCGGCACUUGUAUGGUCAUUGGAGAUGGAUUGCUUACUCCAGCCAUAUCUGUUUUCUCUGCGGUUUCUGGGCUUGAGUUCUUCAUGUCCAAGGAUCACCACCAAUAUGCGGUCGUGCCUAUAACUUGCUUCAUAUUAGUGUGCCUAUUUGCAUUGCAACAUUAUGGCACACAUCGAAUAGGCUUUUUCUUUGCACCAAUUGUGCUAUCGUGGUUGUUCUGCAUAAGCACACUUGGGUUGUACAAUAUCUUCCAAUGGAAUCCACAUGUUUACAAAGCACUUUCCCCAUAUUACAUGUUCAAGUUCUUGAAAAAGACUAGAGAAGGUGGAUGGAUGUCAUUGGGUGGAAUUCUCUUGUGCAUAACAGGAGCAGAAGCAAUGUUUGCUGACCUUGGCCACUUCUCAUAUGCUGCAAUUCAGACUGCAUUCACCUUUCUGGUUUAUCCAGCACUCAUUCUGGGAUAUAUGGGUCAAGCAGCCUAUUUAUCAAUGCAUCACCACAACAUGCAUGAAAUCAGUUUCUAUUUGUCAGUUCCCGAGAGGGUGAGGUGGCCGGUUCUUAUUGUAGCCAUUCUAGCUUCAGUUGUGGGAAGCCAGGCGAUCAUAAGCGGGACAUUCUCUAUCAUCAACCAGAGUCUUUCAUUGGGCUGCUUUCCAAGAGUCAAGGUGGUUCACACAUCCAAUAACAUACACGGGCAGGUGUACAUCCCAGAGAUCAAUUGGAUACUUAUGGUCCUUUGUGUUGCUGUCACCAUUGGUUUCCGAGACACCAAACAUUUGGGAAAUGCUUCAGGCUUGGCAUUGAUGGCGGUCAUGCUGGUAACCACAUGUCUCACCUCACUGGUCAUCAUCCUUUGUUGGCACAAACCUCCUAUUCUCGCCCUCUGUUUUCUUGUCUUUUUCGGCUCUAUCGAAUUGCUCUACUUCUCUGCCUCCGUCAUUAAGUUUCUAGAAGGCGCUUGGCUCCCGAUACUCCUUGCCCUCAUCUUGGUAACUGUCAUGUUUGUCUGGCACUAUGCCACCAUCAAGAAGUAUGAAUAUGACCUCCACAAUAAAGUCUCCCUUGAGUGGCUCUUGGCUUUGGGUCCCAGCCUCGGCAUCGCGCGGGUCCCUGGGAUUGGAAUCGUCUUCAGUGAUUUGACUUCAGGGAUCCCGGCAAACUUCUCGCGUUUUGUCACCAACCUCCCAGCCUUCCAUCGUGUCCUCGUUUUCGUCUGCGUGAAGGCUGUCCCCGUCCCGUUCAUCCCACCAGCCGAGCGUUACCUCGUGGGCCGUGUGGGACCUGCCUCCCACCGUUCCUACAGGUGCAUUGUGCGGUACGGGUACCGGGACGUUCACCAAGACGUCGACUUCUUCGAGACCGAGCUUGUAAGGAAGCUUGCCGAUUUCAUUCGGUAUGACUGGUACAGGACCCACGGGAUUGUCAGCUCGCCCGACGACGAUGGCAGGUCCGGGUCAGCUGCUUCAUCGGGCGAGUGCCGGUUGGCAGUGAUCGGGACGAUGGUAUUCCCCGGCUUCGAGAUCGACGAUACUGCCCAACCAGAGAGCGUAUCCGUUGGUUUCCCAACCGUAGAGAGCAUAACAGACGUCAUCGAGAUGCGACCGACGGGUGGAGGGGCUCAGAGGCAGGUGAGGUUUGACGUGGAUGAUUCGGAAGGGGACCAGCAUCUCGAGAUGGACAUUCAGAUGCACGAGGAGCUAAGAGACUUGCAUGAAGCCCGGGAAGCGGGGAUUGCGUUCAUACUUGGACAUUCACACGUGAGAACCAAACAAGGAUCAUCCAUAUUCAAGAGGUUCGCCAUAAACUUUGGGUAUAGUCUGCUCAAGAGGAACUGCAGGGGACCCGAUGUGUCACUUAAGGUUCCGCCUGUGUCUCUUCUUGAGGUCGGUAUGGUUUAUGUUGUAUGAGGAGUUGUAAAUGCAAAAGUUUUCUUCUUCCACACACUCUUAAUCUGCAUGUUGAUUUUGAAUAUUGCAACUAUAUGUUAACUCAGUGAGAUUAGGAGUACUGACAGUCACGUGUAAUUGUACAAAAUUGCCCUCCUAAAUGGCAUAUCUUUGUUUCAACCUACUGGGCGUGAAUGGAUGAUUUGCCAACACUCUUUUCAAAGCUUCAUUUUUAUUCUCGCAAAUGGAUUUAUAAGUGAGUAAAUGCGAAGAAUUAGUUAGCC